GCAUGGGACUCAUAUAAUCUUUUAUCCUGAUUUUCUCUCCCUCUCUCUUUCUCUCUCUCUCUCUCUCUCUCUCUCUCUCUCUCUCUCUCACACACACACACACACACACACACACACACACACACAUAUUUCUGGCCAAAGUACUACCAACAAAACCAAUGGUACAGCACCCUGGGCCACCUGUAGCCAGCCUCUGACCACAGGAUCCCAUUUCAGCUGACCCCAGACCACCCACAGCAGCCUGCACAGACCCUGCCGCUGGUACCUGGCACAGUAUCACCAUGCACCUGCCUGUCUCAUGCUGUGCCCCUGCACUGAAUACUGCACGUGCCUUCCCAGGACCACCAGCACCAGGACUGUCACACAGUGACCCAGCGAGCCAUUGAAGGAACCAUGCUGGCAUCCAACCCAAUGCCACAGGCUGCCUCCUGGGGCCACAGCUGGUCCCAGGAGGAGACUAGAGACCUCAUGGCACUGUGGGGAGAGGCCAAAGUCCUCAGCCAAGGUUCUCAGCAGAGUGGGUUCUCCAAUGUGUACAUCUAUGAGGACGAGUCAGGCCCUAUAGAGGAGCAUGAGCACAACCAAUCAGUGCACGAAUGCCGCAUAAAGAUCACAGCCUUAUGGGCACAAUGGGUCACUGUCACCAACCACAAUCACUGGUUGGGGCCUGCCCACAAGUCCAUACCCUUUACACAGCAACCGAAUGACAUCCUCAUGCCCUGGGACCCUGGCUGGAACCGUGCCAUGCACUCAAGCAUGGGCAGCCUGCCUAAGCCUCCACUGCAGCCUGGAACCUGUGUCGAUGCUUUACCAGAAGAGGGCCCCUCAGGCUGCCAGGAGGUUGUCCUACUGUGCUUCCCACCCUUGGUCUCAUCCAGCAACUCUGAGAGCCCAGGCCAGUGCCUAUCCCACCAGGUCCAGGGGUGCAGCCCUGGCCAGAAAACCAGGCCAGCCACGGAACUGCCAGCACUCAGCACCUCCAGCUCCUCCGCAGAGAGGGCCCUGCCAAGGCAGCCAGAUGCCAAGCCAAUGCGCCCCAGGACACUGCCAGUAGCCACACAUCCUCACUGCCAGCAGGGACUGACUCAGGCUGCUGGGCAUGCCAGAGACACCCAUCCAGACCUGCAGCUGCACUCAGGGGAGAGGCACCAGUUGGCAGCUGCAAUACACUGUCAGGGUCACCAACAGCCUUGGCCAAGGCACUGUGUAUGCACCAGCUCCAGCAGCGCAGGACCCAGGACUGAACCUGGUUGCUGGACUGCCUGGUCACAGGGGCUGAGGAGUGCAUCGAGGACUCGUGGACCUGGUGCAUGGAGGACAUCACCCACAAGUGGGAGAGAGAUGCAUGUGAGUGGGAUAGGGAUGCCAACAAGGUGGCAAGGAACACACAUGAGGUGGUGAGAGACCGGGCAGACCAGGAGUUCAGGGAUAGUCUCAUGACUCUGGUGGCCAGGGCAGUGGAGGCCACAGAGGAGUACCACCAGGUGCUGAAAACUGACCUGGCCCUGGCAGUCACCUUCAUGCUGCCCACUGCCCUGCCCUUAGUUCUCACCCUGCCUGCCCCUUGGCAGACACCUGCUGCCCAGCAGCAGCCCCCUCCCUUGCCCCUGCAUGGGCCUGGCCUGAGAUGCAGUGGUGCCUCCACCACCCAGGUGCCCCUGCCCCAGAUCCUGCACUGGGGCCCCUGUCACACAGCCCUCCUGCCUGGUCCCAGCCCUGCCACUGGCUCACUGGCUGCAGGAGAGGGAGCUGGCCACACUGGCAGAGCAGUGCCUGCUGUCACCCUCAAGCAAGCCCCCUGCCAGGUUCACCAUGGUGUGUGCACCCAUGGGGGUUCAGGCAGAGGUCAGAGUCAGGGGGCUGGGCCCCUGUCCUCCGGCUCCAUCCCCUGGGUGCCCCCUCCCCACUGCUUCCCACCUUGUGAGGGUACACACAGGCUUGUGAGGUGUGACACAGAAUGCAGUAUACAUAGUCUACAUGGUGAAAAGGGUGCUUUAUUGGUCAU